AUGGACGUGCUGCGGGACGUGAAGCUGAUCCAAGUGGGCGGUGCCACGUAUCGCACAUAUUACACUGGAGAUGUGCGCGGCGGCGGCGCAGGCAGCGCGCAGCCUACAGCAGCAGCAGCAGCAGCAACAGCGGUGGUGACGUCCGCGGCCCAGGCAGCGCCCCACCCCUCGCCAUCACGCGCUCACCAGCCUUUCCCACCACCCCAGCAGCAGCAGCAGCCGCCGCCGCGGCCGCCGCCGCCGCCACCGCAGCAGCAGCAGCAGCAGCAGCAGCAGCAGCAGCAGCAGCAGCGACAUCGAACAACCGAUGACUUGGGCGCCGCCCGCCCGGCCAAUGCCUUUUCCGGGCGCGUCCUACUCGACGCCGCCGUCCUGCCCUUCCUCAUUGGCCGCCAGGGCGCGCGGCGCCGCGAAAUUGAGUGCGAGACGGGCGCCUUGAUUGACGUCCCGCGCCGCGCGGCCGCGCCGGACGCGCCGACGCGGCCGUCCCCAUCGUCGCCGCCCACCAGCGAUGCCGUGGUCAUCAGGGGCCCCAGCCAGGGCGCCGUUGACGCGGUGCUGCGGCUGAUAGAGUCAACGUUUGACCACGCGGUCAACUCCCCGAAGCGACUGCUCGACUACGAUGCCUUCGUGUGCAUACCGCUGGCCGCUGCGCCGAUAACCGCCGCGCUCCGCAAUUGGGGGGCCCGUGUAAGGGCCGACCCCCGAGCAGCAGCGUGGGGCCUAGUGGAUGAAUCCAUAUUCGUAGCCCCCGGGCUUUUGCACCUGACGGUGGUGAUGCUGAAGCUGUACUCGGACCCCCGGCGCGCCUUGGCGGAGGCGGCGCUGCGGGAGGCCGCGGCGCGGGCGCGGGCGGCGCUGGCCGGGGGCGAGCCGCUGCGGGUGCGGCUGAGGGGGCUCGCGAUCAUGGGGAGCGACGCCGCCGCGGCGCACGUCGCAUACUGCGAG